AUGGUUGAAUCUUCUCCGGACAUCAUAAGCGAUCUACCACAGAGCAUAAUCGAGAACAUCCUCACUCGUCUCUCCAUCAGAGACGCCAUAAGAACAAGCGUCUUAUCCACCAAAUUUCGAUACAAAUGGUCAACGCUCACCGACCUCGUCUUCGACGAGAAGUGCGUCGCUCAAUCCACCGACCGGUUCGCCGUCGAGAACAGCCUCGUCAAAUUCAUAACCGGAGUCCUCCUCCUCCACCAAGGACCCAUCCACAAGUUCCACCUCUCCACUUCCUUCCUGCAAUGCCGUCCUGACAUCGACCAGUGGCUCCUCUUCCUCUCCAGAAACGGGAUCAAAGAGCUCGUCCUCGAGCUAGGAGAAGGAGAGUUCAGAGUCCCUUCGUGCCUCUUCACCUGCGUCAAGCUGACCCGUUUGGAGCUCUGCCACUGCGAGUUCGACCCGCCUCGGAGUUUCAGAGGUUUCUCGUCUCUCAAGUCUCUUAACCUUCACCAGAUUCUGGUCUCUCCUGAGGUGAUUGAGAGCUUGAUCUCUGGAUGUCCGCUUCUCGAGUUUCUUUCUCUGUCUUACUUUGACAGCUUGGUUCUGAGCAUCUCGGCUCCGAAUCUCAUGUACUUGUAUCUAGACGGCGAGUUUAAAGAUAUCUUUCUAGAGAACACGCCUAAGCUGGUUGCGAUAUCGGUUUCGAUGUAUAUGCAUGAGGAUGUGACUGAUUUUGAGCAGAGUUCGGAUUAUAAUCUUGUUAAGUUCCUUGGUGGUGUGCCUCUUCUUGAGAAGCUCGUUGGUUAUAUCUACUUCACAAAGUACUUGAGCAUAGGAGAUGAUCCGGGAAGGCUUCCGAUUACUUACAUUCAUCUAAAGACGAUAGAGCUUUACCAAGUGAGCUUUGAAGAUGCGAAUGAAGUGUUGGUUCUGCUUCGUUUGGUCACUCACUCUCCUAACCUUAAAGAGCUCAAAGUUUCGGCUUCACCGAUUCAACUGUUUCCACUUGAAGAAGAAGGUUUUGACCUUUUCGAAAGAGAUUGUUUCGACUACAAGCUCCCGAGGCUCGAAACCGUGAAGAUGACGGAAGUUUCUGGCAUAAGAAACGAGUUGGAGUUUAUCAGAUUCUUGCUGGGAACAUCUCCGGUUUUGGAGACGGUCGUUGUAUCGUCGAGUUUAUCGGAUAAAGAUGCGAAGAUGGAAAUGGUUGUGGAAUUGCUCAGGGAGACUGGAAAAAAGGCUCAUCGCUCAUUUUUGCCGCCAAGAAUCACCGGACCGUCAGAAAUGGGUUACAUAGGAGCUCAUGGGAUAACGCUUAUGGGGUUUAUGUUUCUAGUCACAUCUUCUCUGCUGGGCUACAUAUAUUCACCUCAGUUGGAUUCUCCUCCUCCACGAUGGGUUCACUUCGCACAUGGUUUACUUCUAUUCUUGUAUCAGACAUUUGAUGCGGUUGAUGGGAAGCAAGCGAGAAGGACAAAUUCCUCUAGCCCUCUAGGAGAGCUUUUCGAUCAUGGUUGUGAUGCACUUGCUUGUGCGUUUGAAGCCAUGGCGUUUGGAAGCACUGCAAUGUGUGGAAGGGAUACUUUCUGGUUCUGGGUUAUUUCAGCUGUUCCAUUUUAUGGAGCUACAUGGGAACACUAUUUCACCAACACACUUAUUCUUCCGGUCGUCAAUGGACCUACAGAGGGUCUUGCACUUAUCUAUGUCAGCCACUUCUUCACUGCCAUUGUCGGUGCUGAAUGGUGGGCUCAGGAGUUGGGACAGUCCAUUUCAUUAUUUAGUUGGGUGCCAUUUGUGAAUGCGAUCCAAACUUCCAGAGCAGUACUAUACAUGAUGAUCGCUUUCGCUGUUAUACCAACCGUAGCAUUCAAUGUGACAAAUGUCUACAAAGUCGUUCAAUCAAGAAAAGGGAGCAUGUUGUUAGCUUUAGCUAUGCUCUAUCCCUUUGUCGUCCUACUGGGAGGAGUUCUGAUAUGGGAUUACUUGUCUCCAAUCAAUCUCAUAGCAACAUACCCUCACUUAGUUGUACUUGGAACUGGACUUGCAUUUGGAUUUCUAGUGGGAAGAAUGAUUCUUGCUCAUUUGUGUGAUGAACCAAAAGGACUGAAAACAAACAUGUGCAUGUCUCUAGUCUAUCUUCCCUUUGCACUAGCAAAUGCUCUAACCGCAAGAUUGAAUGCUGGGGUUCCUCUAGUGGACGAGGUAUGGGUUCUUCUUGGCUACUGUAUAUUCACAGCAGCGUUAUACCUUCACUUUGCUACAUCUGUCAUCCAUGAGAUCACUGCUGCUCUUGGCAUCUACUGCUUCAGGAUCACGCGCAAAGAAGCUUGA